AAUUGCAUCAAACACUAUGCCAAUAUUAGAUAGGAGAGUAUUGUGGGAGUUUAGUCAAAAUAGAAUCGUCAUCUAUUAUAUUCCUUGUCAGGGACCUUUGGAAAAAAGUGAACAGGUUUAUAUCUACUUGGGAAAAGAUAGUUGGAAGCAAAUACUGGGAAGAUUCUUGAUGAACAAGUGUUAUUCCUUCUUUCAGUACGAAGUGACGAAUGUCAGUUACUUUGACCAACUGGACUUUGUAUUUACAGAUGGAAACUUACUUUGGGAUAAUAACGAAACAAAAGAUUGGCAUAUAGUUUGGAAAGAACAAUUGAACAACCCAUUUUCUGUUGUCAAUAGAGAGGCAACCAACAUAUCUAGACAAGUGGUGGUAUUUUGGGAUAUUGAAAAUUGUGCUGUGCCAAGUAGUGUUUCUGGAAAUUAUGUUGUACAUAAACUGUUAAGGCGAAUGAAGUUAUUUGGGGACAUUAUAAGUAUUCGAGUGUAUGCUUGUAUGGAGUUGCUCAAGACAGAGUUGAAGUUGGCACUACAAACAAGUGGUGUCGAAUUGAUUGACGCUCGAAGAGAUAACUGGGUUGUUCAGUCGAGGUGUUACGAUCAUCAUCAUCCGGGAAAAGAUGCGGCAGACAAGUUGAUUAUUAGCGACAUGUGGUCAAUAGCAUGGCAGAACAAUCCCAAACAUCUUUGCAUUACAUUGAUAAGUGGAGACAGAGACUUUGCAUAUGCCUUUUCAAGACUGUCCAUGCUGGGAUAUUGUACUGUCCUUAUAUAUCCUCGAUUGGCUUCAAGCAAUCUAGUCGAUAGUGCUUCUUUUGCUAUUCCAUGGAAAGAUGACUUUUGGGCAUUUGGAGAUGAAGCCUUGCAAGGUCUACUUCCUCGUCAUCUUCCACAUAGACAAAGGGCAAUAUUGCACUCGCCUAUAUCACACUAUUCCUAUCAAAGUCAGAAGAGUAACAAUGCCUAUCGUGAUGUUUCAUUCGUUACUCAAUCUAAAGACAUCAACUCUCAAAAUUGUGAUGAAAUAGCUUUGAACAAUUCCUCUCAAUAAGAAUUUAUAUGCUUUCGAGUUGAAUACAUUGGAAAGAAAAGUCCAAAAGUUUGC